AUGCCGAGGGGCUUCCUGGUAAAGCGGACUAAACGGACGAGCGGCUCGUACCGAGCGCGCCUAGCCGAGCGGGCCUUCCCCCUGCUGGGGCCCCAGGGGGCGCCGCCCUUCCCCGAGGAGGCUGCCCGUGCGCCCCAGCCCGGGGCAGAGCGGGCGGCGCCCCUGACCCUGGAGGAGCCCGGGACGGGGCUGCAGGAGGAGGCGGCCCGCCAGCUGUCGGGGUCGCCCUGUCGGGCCGCUGGGGUGAGCGCGGAGGAGGGCAUGCGGGAAGGCGCGGAGCGCAGGGCGGAUGGCAGGGAGGGCCCCGGGCCCGGGCCCGGGCCCAGCCCCAGCCUCGCGAAGCCGGCGGGCGCGGAGCUGCGCCGGGCGUUUCUGGAGCGCUGCCUCAGCUCGCCCGUCUCCGCCGAGUCCUUCCCCGCGGGCGCCGCCGCCGUGGCCGCUUUCUCCUGCUCGGUGGCGCCAGCAGCCGCGCCGACCUCGGGGGAUCCGUUCCUGCUGCCGCUCCGGGCACCGUUCCCAGAGCCCGCGCUCCAUCCGGACCCCGCGCCCCCCUCGGCCACCCUGCACGGCCUGAAGCGGGCCGCCGGCGGCGAGCGCCGCGCCAAGGCACCUCCGGGCUGCGCGUCCGGACCCGCGGCCGCCGGAGUCAAGAAGCCAAAGGCCAUGAGGAAGUUGAGCUUCGCCGAUGAAGUGACCACGUCCCCUGUCCUGGGCCUGAAGAUCAAGGAGGAGGAGCCCGCGGCGCUGUCCCGGGGCCCCGGGGGCAGCCGCACGCCGCUGGGGGAGUUCAUCUGCCAGCUGUGCAAGGAGCAGUACGCGGACCCAUUCGCGCUGGCCCAGCACCGCUGCUCCCGCAUCGUGCGUGUCGAGUACCGCUGCCCCGAGUGCGACAAGGUCUUCAGCUGCCCCGCGAACCUCGCCUCCCAUCGCCGCUGGCACAAGCCGCGUCCUGCAGCUGCAAAUGCAGCCACAGUGUCCUCCGCCGACGGGAAGCCGCCUCCUCCGUCAUCCUCGUCCUCUCCGGACUCCGGGACCAUUGCAUCUUUCCUGGCGGAGGGGAAGGAGAACAGCCGGGCCCAGCGAACUGCGGAUCAGCACCUGCAGGCCAGGGACAGCUCCGGGGCGGAGCAGCACCAGGACAGCGCCCCACACCAGGGCCUCCAGGUGGUGUCCCACUCCGAGCCACCGCGGCCUCAGCUUCCUUACUCGGAAGCGGUGUUGGGGCGCCGGGUGCCUGGGCCGGGCAGUGCCGGUGGUGUCGGGGGACCCGAAAUCUUCGUGUGCCCAUACUGCCACAAAAAGUUCCGUCGCCAAGCCUAUCUGCGCAAGCACCUGGGCACUCACGAGGCGGGCUCAGCCCGCGCGCUCGCCCCGGGCUUUGGCGCUGAGCGCGGCGCCCCGCUCGCCUUCGCUUGCCCGCUGUGCGGGGCGCACUUCCCGUCCGCGGACAUCAGGGACAAGCACCGGCUGUGGCACGCGGUCCGCGAGGAGCUGCUCCUGCCCGCCCUGGCUGGGGCGGCUCCCGAAGCGCCGAGCCCAGGCGGCGCAUCCGACGGGAGUGCUCAGCAAAUUUUCUCGUGCAAGCACUGCCCGUCCACUUUUUUCAGCUCCCCGGGGCUGACCCGGCACAUCAAUAAGUGCCACCCCUCAGAAAGCCGGCAGGUACUGCUGCUGCAGAUGCCUCUGCGGCCGGGCUGUUGA